AUGGCUCAAACUCUAUAUUUCCCUCUUCUCCUCAUUGCUCUCUGCUCCAUAUCUGAAUGUGUUCAGCGUCAGUAUCACUUUAUAAAUGAGAAUAAGGAAUGGGCUGAAGCUCAGAGAUACUGCAGAGAGAAAUACACAGAUCUGGCCACCGUUGACAACAUGAACGACAUGAUCGAGCUGAACAAGAGUGUGGAAGUGAAUUAUAAAGUUGUCUGGAUUGGUCUUCAGGGUACAAAUGAUAGUAAUUGGCAUUGGUCUUCAGGUGAUCCUGCGCUCUUUCUGAACUGGGCAUCUGGACAACCAAACAGCGGUGAUAAUUGUGCUGUUAUGAGAAAUGGACAGUGGUUUGUGAAGUCAUGUACUGCCACCUGGACUGUCAUCUGCUACAACAUGAGCAGAGGACUGGUGUUUGUCAAUCAGAUGAUGAACUGGGGAGAUGCUCAGAGUUACUGCAGACAGAAUCACAUUGAUCUGGUCAGUGUGAGGAACCAGAAUGAGAAUCAACAGCUGGAGAAGUUCAUUAAUGACAGUCAGACAUUUGGAUCUGAAGUCUGGAUCGGUCUGUUCAGAGACACAUGGCAGUGGUCAGAUCAGAGCAACUCCUCAUUCAGAUACUGGAAAAGUGAUGCACCUAAAAGUCAAUCUAACAAACAUCGUGCAGCAGUUGAAAAGGACAAUCAAGGACAAUGGAGUGUAUACAUGUAUACUAUUCCCAAGAACCAGUAUCCUUUUGUGUGUCAUGAAGAUAAACUGAUUGUGAUCCAGCAGAAUCUGUCGUGGUCUGAAGCUCUGAGAUACUGCAGACAGAAUCAUGUGGAUCUGGUCUCGGUUCAGUCAGUGGAGAUGCAGCGUCGUGUGAUGAACGUGGUUAAACUGGCGUCUACUGAGGCGGUGUGGUUGGGUUUACGUCACUCCUGUGCUUUGGGCAUCUGGUUCUGGGUGAGUGGAGAGACCGUGUGCUAUCAGAACUGGGCUCCAGGGAACGGCACAUCAGAGGAGGACUGUGAGCCCACAGUGAGAUCUGGAGCAGUUCAGUCUGGGGGAAAUCAGACCUGGAUCAGCCGUCCUGAAACUGACAGACUCAACUUCAUCUGCAGAAACUACUGAGAGUGAAGAAGUAAGAUGAGGAAUGUGCUCCUUUUUCAUUCAUUAUUGGGUUGUGAAGAAAUUUUUUUACAUAAUAUAAUCAACUUCAAUAAGCAUUGAUGCCUUAUGUUGGGUUCACAAUAUACAGAAGAUGUGAUGGGCUUUGCAUGUAAUCUAACUGCAUGCACUCUUAUAUUGACAUUUGUUGUGAACCCAGCAUUAGAGUACAGUAGUGAUUGGUGGUUUUGAAGCACAGCUUUGUGGGGAUUUGACAUGUUUGAUAAGCUUUAAUGGUUUGUAGUGCAAAUCUGACAGAGUCAUGAUUUCAUCAAAUCAAGUUUUGUUUUGUUAUACCUAAUGCAAUAUGAUUUUAAUGCUCAAUGGUUUGUCAUUCAAGUGAACCUUCCAUGAACUCAUGUCUAUAUAAUUACCAUCUGACCUCUGAUCAGUUUUACACAUUUGUAAGUAUUUUAAUGACACAUUCGGAAGGUAGAGUUGGUGUAGUGAAACACUUGACCUGAGUAAGCUUUCAGUAAAAAACAAACGAACAGACAUUACAGAAAUGAAGAUAUUACACAGCACUUAUUAUUUGACAGAUUAUUUAAGCUCUUCAAAACACUGAAUAAUUUAGUGAGGUGAACAGUUCAUUCAAAGCGUUUGGGGUUUGUAGGGUUUUUAUCAUUUGUUAAAACAUUUAAGCUUUAUAAACUCUGGUAUAUAUUUAUUUCAGACUUUAAGGUCUUAUGCUGCUCUCUAAGUUUUGUGAUGGGUCAUUUGUCAUUUCCUUUGGAUAAAAUCUUGUGAUAUGAGUAAAUGUAUGAGUAAAUUAGCCUACAUAUAUCAAUGAUUUUAUUGGGAAAUUAGGGUUGAUUUGACAUUAAAAUAUUACUUUAACCAUUAUAUAUUUAAUUUAAAUAAAUAUGAGUUUUCUUAAUUCUUGUGUUUGUACAGAUCCUUGUAUG